GUCCAGUUUGAAAACACAGUUGAUCCGCAAGACGCGUUUGUCACAAUAAAAUGGCCAAUUUGUCUUCUGCCUCACCCAUUGGAAUAGGUUUGUUGUUGGUUUUGAUCUGUUUGACGACUGGGUCGACUGGCGCAGAUUUUUCUUUAGAAGAAGAAUUCCUACAACUUAAGGAGAAUUAUUUUCAAAUGAAAGAACUCGUUAAGAGUUUGGAGUCGAAAGUGACUGAACUAGAGACCAAAGUUCAACGACAAGAUUCGCUUUUAACUUCCUUGUUACGAGAGAAAAACGAUCGCGCAGUAGCCGCCGAUUUCGACUCUGUCCCAAUUAGCACUAAUCAAUCAGCAGUGGCCAUAAGCGGACUGCCAUCUUCAUGCAGUGAUUUAAAAAUGAUUGGCCACAUUUGGAGCGGAUUUUAUUCCGUCAUGGGAUCUUCAGUAAUGGAAUCCGUUUACUGUGAUUUCACAAAACCCAUUGAUGAUGCGGGUUUCGAGAAAUGGAUCGGAUACGACAACGUCAAAUCAACGCCCGUCUAUUUCUUCGUCCAGAGAACCUCUCCAUUAUCCGCUGAUUGGCCUUAUCAGAUUUCAUUCAAUUCCGAGAUACUGAACGUAGGAAGUGCCAUGAAUAUUCAGAAUGGAGUAUUCAUAGCCCCACGACCAGGAAUUUAUUUCUUUUUAUUCAAUGGACUGGCGAAAUUUCCAGCUUCAUCAUCUAUUGAUGUUCGAUUAGGAAUUUCGCUUCAAUCGAACGCUGCUGGGUCUGGAAGUCAAGAGAGUUAUGUUAGUGAGGCAAACACUGUCGAUUUUCAAAGAAGUCCGUUGGCCCUCCAGUCGAUACUGUCGUUAAAAACAGAUGAUUAUGUCUUGUUGAGGAUAGUUUCCUAUUCAUCAAACGAAGUGCAAUUGUAUGAAGCGAAUUUCCUUGGUUUCAUGCUGGAGGAGGAAAUCGUCGUCUCCCUUUAAAAAUACUGUAUUCAUCAUAAAUGCGCAGAACGAUCAUCGAAUGACAAUCGACCCGUAUAAAUGGAUUUAUUUUUCUUCGUUCUUUUUUCUUAAAUCCUAAAUUUUCCCUGAAAUUAUGUUUGUUUUUUUGUUUUUGUUAUUUUUUUCAUCUAUAGGCCUAUAUUACAAUAAAUAAUAUU